AUGGCCAUUGUGCAGGGCUGGCUGCCGCCCACGCGGGAAAACUACGAGACGCUCGUCUUUAUCUGGCAGUUUCUGUACCCCAUCGUGAGUUGCUCCUGUCGCCUGUCCUUGAUUGUUUUUUUUGGUAUUAAUCUACGUUUUGGCGGCGGCAUACAAAAGAUUGGCUCGCUGCAAUGGGUCGUCAAGUGGUACGGCAUGGGCAAGACGUCAGUCCGGAGCCCGCUCAACAUCCCCGGCCGCAUCGCCUGGAUGACCAUGGAAGCGCCUGGGUUCCUGACCCUCGUGUACAUAAUGAAUACCCUCCCGCAGCAGCACGGCAUCCACGACCUGCCGUGGCAGAACCGCGUCCUCGGCGGUCUCUUUGUACGUGCCCCCCCCCCCGGCCUCUACCCCAUGCCCCCUUCUAACACGGACCAUCAACCAAAGGUCAUUCACUACCUCAACCGCGCCAUCCUCUUCCCCCUCAUGCAACCGUCCAUGGCGCCCAUCCACGUCGCCGUCUGGGCCAUGGCCGUCGGCUUCCAGCUGUGCAACGCCAUCUGCCUCGGCGGGUGGCUGUCUGCCUACGGCGCCGUGACCGACGCCGCGUGGGCCGCGCAGUCGCCACUGCCGCAGUUUGCGCUCGGCCUCGCCGUCUUCUACGUCGGCCUCGCCGGCAACUGGUUCCACGACGAGGAGCUGCGCGAGAUUCGCCGCAAGGAGCAGCGUCGUCGGGAGCAUCUCCGUCGCAGCGGCGGCGCGUCGUCGUCGUCGUCCCCCUCGUCGGCGGCCGUGGCCGUCGAAAAACACUACGAGAUCCCCCAGGCCGGCCUCUUCAAGUACAUGCUCUACCCCCACUACUUGCUGGAAUGGAUCGAGUGGCUCGGCUUCUGGAUGGCCGCCGGGUGGAGCUGCGCGCCCGCCAGGGCGUUCUUCGUCAAUGAGCUGCUGACGAUGCUGCCCCGCGCGGUGAAUGGGAAAAAGUGGUAUGUCGACAAGUUUGGCCCCGAAAAGAUUAACAAGAAGUGGGCUGUCAUUCCUGGUGUGUGGUGA